UAAUGUGGAGGACUAGCGACUUAAUGAAAAGCUAGUCGCCCAGUGACCCGAGGGAGUGUCGCAACCAUGGUUUCUGCAAACGAAGCUGUGCGCAUUCAUUUCUACACACCGCGCGAUCCCGUAGUGAUUCCAAACGAUGGUGAAGUGCGCAUUGCCGAAGACUUGUGUGUCGUAGCGGCCAAGACAUGCGGCAUCAGUCCCGUUACGUGUCAGCUUUUUGGUCUUUACUGCCCGGACCUGGACAUUUGGUUUGCACCGUCAGCGGCCGUGAAAGACAAGGACAAAACUGUGAAUGUUCAUUUCCGCCUGCGUUUCAAGCCUCCCAACAUGGACAGGAUCAGAGAUGAUGAAGCAGUGCUCAACUACCUUUACCAUCAGAUGCGACAAGACUUUGUGUGUGGUCGUGUACCUGAGCUGCACCAGAGCAAAGUUCAGAGCCGAACUCUGGGCCUAGUGAUCACAGACGUGGUGCGUCAUCUCAUCGAGAUGGGACAGACCCCUCAGCAGGGCAAUUAUAGUUUCAGUGACUUCAUGCCUUCAGUUCUCGUCGGACCGUGGAAGAUGCGUGUGCUCAAGACUAGAAUGACCACUGCCCUCAACGAAUGCUGGCAGAACAGCCGGCAAAAUGCUCAACGUGUCAAGGAGAUCUACGUAAAUGAAUUCAGAAGCAUAGUACCUGAUUAUGUAUGUGAGCAGUUUGCUUCUCAAGUAGACACCGAUGGUCGUGUGUGGGAAAUAAUCCUUCAGGUCAACCCAUACCAUCCACAGCUCCCGGGUCUGCGAAUGCGCCCAAGGGGACCCAAGGAGAACAUAACAUGGACACAAAUCUGUUCCAUCAGUGAUCUUUGCUUCGUAAACAUGGUUCCAUCUAACUGCACAGUUGAAAUCAGUCGUCGGAAUGGCAUACCUCAGAACCUCAGAUUUGACAGCGUCAGCCAGAUGCACUCCUUCGUGUCUCUUCUGGACGGCUAUUAUCGGUUGACAGAGAAGUGGACGGUGAAUUUGUGCAUCAACUUGCCAACACCAUCACUGACCAUGCUUCGAGCAAUGAGGUGUCACGGUCCUGUGGGAGCCAAGUUUGCCUAUCAGAAGUUACAGGAGAAAGGUGGGCACGAAGCAGGCUGGUACCUGAUUCGGCAGAGCUCAUCCGUCUACGGGGAGUAUCGGCUGGACUUUCUGGGAAGGAACGCAGUGCCAGAAACUCUCCGCAUUGUGCAGCUGGAGGAGGGCCGCUUUGCACUGGACGAAGCGGCACCAGAAGAAGGCAUUUAUCCGACACUCGCCAAGCUGAUCAGUGAGGCCAUUCGACCGACCCUCGAUGUAGAGCUUGGAUACUGUGUGCCUCCAUCUGAGUACGACAAGACGCAGCUUCUCUUAUGCCGCCCACCAUCUCUUGACGUGGAAAAGUCGGCUCUGAAGCGAGAUCCUCGGGAGUGCAUCCACUCUGGGGCACUUACGUUCACAGAGAAUCGCAAGGAUGAGCUGCCUGGGAAGUUCACUGUAGUGCGGCGGGCGUUUUUGCAACGAGAGCGAAAUCAGUAUCGAGAGGUUGCCGUGAAAGCCCUGAAGCCUCACCUGGAAGAUAGCCAUCUCAAGGAGUUCAUGGUGCAGUGUGACCGAAUGCUGUUCUGGCAGUGUGAAGCCAUUGUGAACUCUCUCGGCAUGGUGCACUCGGGAAGUUUUGGCCUGGUGUGUGAGUUCUUGCCUCUGGGCUCCCUGGAUGCCUAUCUCCAUCAGCACAGGUCACAGCUGCAAGCCGUUGACUUGGUUGAAGCGGCCAAGGGGCUGGCACGUGCUCUCUGGUACCUGGAAGAGCAAGGCUGCGUCCAUGGCAAGAUCAGGUGCCGAAAUAUCCUCGUCUCUCAGCACGAGGCCAAUUCAUUCUAUGUCAAGCUUUCAGACCCAGGACUUCUUGUCUACAUGAAUGAAGACAUACAUUGGAUCCCACCUGAGUUCUACUACAACCUCAACAUGGCCAAAUCAUCCAUCAAGGCUGACACUUGGGCCUUUGGAACGACACUGUGGGAGAUAUUCAGUUUUGGGGAGCCACCAAUGGCGGGAGUCUCUAUCACGGAGGCAACAAGGAGGUAUAAGGAAGGGGAGAGAUUGCCUAUUCCUGCUGACAUGCAUGAGGGGAUCCGCCUGCUGCUUCAAGAAUGCUGGUCAUUGGACCCGGACAGCCGGCCUCAGCCGCAAACUGUCAUGCGAGACAUCAACCAAAUAUUUUACGAGGUGUACAACUCCAGGCGGAGUCACUCGUAUGCCUCAGUCUACCCUCGGUCCUCUUCGCCGACCGGGCUGUCUGCAGACUCUGCGAGUCCCAUGUUGGGAAAAGCGGCGUCGCCGUCAUUUGCAUCCACAGAGGUGAAUCGGAAGCCGGAAACAAUCAGGCAGCAUCAUGCUCCCAUUGGAAUGUCUACAACCUCGGCGAAUGAAGCCCUGUCACAGAGGCGUGGAUUCAAGUGGGGAAAAAAUCCUUUCCGCUUGCAGCCAUCGGAAGUGAGUUAUGACAACCUCUCAAGCUGCUCAACUUCGACCGUUCAGUCUGAGGCAACGCUCCAGUCCGACAUAGGAACAUGCAUUGAUGUAGAAAGCCUGGUCAGCUUGGAGGAGAAUGCAGACAACAUUAUUUCAUUUGGCAACACAUCACCCCUGGCUGAAGUGUCCGGCUCACCAUGGGUUAUUGACAGUCAACAGCUGAUAAAAGGCAAACCACUUGGACAGGGCUUUUUCGGGGAGGUGUAUGCAGCCUCUCUCAAGAAAUGGGCCGGCCUACAAGAGGAGACAGUGGCCGUCAAAUGCAUGCGCAAGACGUCCCUUCUGGAGUCUUUUCAGAGCGAGUCUGGGUUACGUGACCUGCAACGAGAAAUAGAGAUUAUGAAGAGCCUCAGGCACCCCAAUAUUGUUGAAAUAAAGGGCCUUGUUGAAGAGCCAGAGGUGAUGCUAGUCAUGGAGUUCCUCGAGAUGGGCUCCCUGCUGACAUACCUACAGACGUACCGUGACAAGGUCACUCAUCCACAGCUCAUCAAAUACAGCGAAGACAUCGCAAAUGGUAUGCAGUACCUGGAGGAGAAGCGCAUUGUGCAUCGGGAUUUAGCUGCACGGAACAUACUGGUGGCCUCUAAAGAUCAGGUCAAAAUCAGCGACUUCGGCCUCGCUCAGUUCACGGACAGCCAAUACUACUACUACAUCCGUACCAAGAACCGCAAGCUGCCCAUGAAAUGGUAUGCCCCAGAGAGCAUCCUCUACGGAAAGUUCUCGACCAAGUCGGACGUGUGGAGCUACGGUGUGACACUGUGGGAAAUGUUCUCCUAUGGUGAGGACCCUGUCAUACAGGGUGUCACCCAGGAGAACUUGGGCAACGAGCUGCUCCAGGGUAAGCGACUGGCUUGUCCUGCAGACUGCCCGGCCAACCUCUACCAGCUGAUGCUCCUCUGCUGGGCGAGUGACGCCCACAAACGGCCCGAGUUUCGCAAAUUAAGGACAUGGUACACAAUCUGUGACCCUUCUUGUCCUUGUUGUCACAAUACCUUGCUGCUCUGAAAGGACCAGGCUCGCUAUUUUGUAAUGAUGCCCUCUGCUUAGUCUUAUCAUCUGCAGCAUGCAGUUGGCUGAUCUCAUUGACACAGGGCCAGAACGUCGCUCUGGCUGUUGUUGUAAAGGCCAACUCCGGCAAUUUUUCGAGGUCAAUGGAUCUCAAUGAUAUUCACUGGGCAUGUUCAUUUGCACGUUUGCGCCAUUCAUGCCAAUUGCAGGAUUGAGAGUACUGUAGAUUCUUUUCAAAUUAUUUAUAGAUAGCUUGCCUCCAAAUGCUUACCUUGCUUGUCAAAUGGCAACAUUGUUUGUGUCAUGUUGAGUUUUGCCUGGCGGAAGUGACGGCACUGAUGUGCCACUGCAGCAUCUGCUUGUCUGCUAUGAAUUGUGUAGGUUUGGCCGUCAUUUUCUUGGUUGAGCAUGCAAUUUCCUUUUCCGUGUUGGUGGGCGUGCAGUAGAUGGCAAGUAAUGUUGCAUUGUGGGCCACACAUGAUUUUCCGCAUGUUAACCAUAACAGCGUAAGCAUUUUAGCCGAUCGUCGCAGACGGCCUGGACAGCUUGUGCCAUUUGGCGGGCAUUAUGUUCAAUCAGGCAGGUUGCUGUGAAAGAUUACGUCACACGUAGAAGCGCACCUGGUUGGGUUUCAGUUUCAGUAUUGCGGUUUUUGACCAAGUAAAAAUUAUUUUCGAAAUUUUUGAGCGUUUCAGCUAUUGGAUGUAUGACAAAAGUACCCGGGAACAUAAAAGCACCAUUAUUCUGUCAUGGUAAAAAAAUUACCAGAGCUGGCAUUUAUGUGAAAAGCACUACAGGCAUUAGGAUUGAAGAGUGGCAUCACUACUAAAUCGUGGCUCAGGUUGAUGGACAAGGAUGCUAAAUGGGGCUGGUUAUUGGUUCUGCCAGCAUAAAUUGAAAUGUGAAGAUCACAGAGAAUGCCUUUGAAUGCGGGACCGUCUGGGAAUGCACCGGGGACUCAUUCUGCUGUGUCACCAAGUCUCAGUGAUCAAGAGGCGUAAGUUGCUAAGCCAAAGAAAGUUGAUGUAAUGAACGAGGUGAAAAGUCUGUGAUCAGCAUUAUUUUUAUGCUAGAUUGUCAUUCCAAGCAUUCGAUGUGACGUCUGUCACUCCAGCGAGAACUUACUCUGCAUGUGAUGUCGUGCAACUGCAAACGUAUUCUUGAAGUUGACUGGACUUGGAGUACAGUGUCAGUUGCUAAGCAUGCAAUGGCAUUGGCAUAGCCAGAGGGUAGCACACCAAGCCCGUGCCCCCCCCCCCUCUCACUCUUCUGAAUUUUUUUUUCUCCAUUGCAUACAGAGCACGAAAUGACACUCAACUAUAUCUGCCUGCCCAGCCCCACUUCAAAUAAACUGGUCCUUUCCCCCCUGAAAAAAAAAAUUUCUGCUUACGCCCUUGUGCAAUGGCUUUGAAGCAUUGUCUCAAAACAUGCAUUUCUCAUGCAGGUAUCACAGAUAUGGGCUGGACGUAGAUAAGUGAAGUCACAUUAGGCUGUAUCACAAGUAGUCCAUAUUUCAUUGUACCUGUGUGUGUUGAAAGAAUAUGGUACAAACGCUGAAUAGCUUUCCCUACAGUGUUCGGGUCAGUGCCUGCACUGCCUUGCGCUCUCCUUUCCAUUCUCUCUCUGGAAGUGCCGUUCCUCUUUUGUGAAAAGGAGGGGUGAAACAGCGAACUCUCAAUAUUGAUUGAUGGGGUUUGGAAGCCAGUAUUUUCACAUUUUCUAAUAUUCACUUUCUUUACUCCAUCAAUUUUUUUUCUCUCUCAAGUUCUUUUUCACAGUGAUGCUCAAGACAUGCAGGGCAAGGUUCCCUUGCCUUGAAGACGUGUGUGGAAGUCUUAUCCUCUGAAAGUCAGUGAUCUCUUAUAACUCUCAUUGUUCUUCAGUCUGCCUGCUUUUGUUCCACAUUGAGUGCCCUCGCCUGUUCUUUAGUACAAGAUUUCAAGCAAUCCAUCACAGCUGUUGGGUUGCUGUGCAUCUGACGGCUAUGCACGUGCUGUUCGCUUAUCGUAUAAAAUUCAUCUUAAUGCAUGGUUAGGCACCGUGUUUUUUUAUUGAGAUCAAUUAUAUGGACACUCUCAGCUGGAUUUCGCUGCCGACGUCAGCAUCAUGCACCGUAUAUGCAUACGUAUCUAUAUAUGAAAACAUAAGAAAGAAAAAUGCAGAAAAAAGACUCCAACGCUCGGAAUCGAGCAUGGGACCUCCGCGUCGUUAAUGUGAGAUGUUAACCACUGAGCCACCCAGGGGUACGUCCUUCAACGUUCAAACGGCAAGCUAGAGCACACGGCGGCUCUCAUCUCUCACGCGUACUUCGGUCUGCGGAGAGGAGGGGAGUGGACGAUUUGUUGUGCACCCUUAUCUUCCGAUGUGGAGGAUCUUCUGUCUUGGCUGGCGUUGGGCUUGCACUGCAACAAUUCUGUUGUAGUUGCGGGGCGCACAAAGGUCACUGCAAUCGUUGCACUGCCUCCAUUUGCGAAAAGGGCGCGUUUUUCUGACUAAGCGAAGUAGCAACUGAGAAGCUUACUCGCGUUCAUCUGUACCUGUGAGUAAGUUUCGUGCGUCAUUUGUGCUUGAGAAACGCGGGGCAUGUUUCAAUCUGCUUGCCAUGCUGUGCGGGACCUCCCAAUUUGUUGCUAUUGUGUUCAUUGCUUCGCCCUUGCGGCAAAGCUGUGACUUUUUUUUUUAAAGGGCAAACAUUGCAUGUAUAUCAUUUGCACAGUUCGAGACAUGUGGUUUUUGCUACAUGGAUACUGCUGUUUGUGACAUUACCAUGAAAGUCAAUUUAAAAAUAUAUACAUUUGUGGGCAAUCAACCUCCUGAUAAGGGAAGUGAGUGUGCUCAUACUCAGUGGUGCUUGCUAUUGGAAAGAGUCAUUGGGAGUUUGCAGUAUAAAUGAGACAAAGUAGUCAUGCCAGUACUGUGGUGUUUUCAUUUGCACCCCCAUAAAGGAUUUCUAAAACUAUUACACCAGGCAGGAAAUAUUGAUUAAUGCUCUUUCCUCUUCUAUUAAGACCUCUAUAGUACUUACUUUUAUUGUCACAUCUCGGCUUUCAGCCAUCUGGUUUUGCAGGGAUCAGUCACUGCUGUGGUGGCCACAUUUCAAUUGGAUUGAAACGCAAAGAUACCUGUGUAGUUAGAUUUAGGUGCAUGCAAAUGAAUAUAGGCGAUCAAAAUUAUUUGGGAGCCCAUUAAUGCAAUGUUUUUAUUAUUCAGAUCACCGUUUGUACACAUAAUACCCCUGAAUAUAAUUUUCUUUGACGCCCCCCCUUGCACUCGAGUAAUUUUAGCUUGCGUCCACUGUUUCAAUCUCUUGCUUCCUUUUUUCAGGUAUACUUUCAGAUAAAAUACAGGGCGCUAAUAGAACAGCUGCAAAGCCUGUAACAGGUAUUACAAAGUGUCUGUUUUCGACUUUGAUGCAUGCUUCUAAAUACAGUCAUAGAAAACUUGGGAGUAUUUACCAAUGCAUGGUGCAAUGAGCAGCACUAAGGGGAUCUGCCCGCGGCCCUGUGCAAAGCUGAGUUAGUUGGUGCUUUCAUAUGCAGUACAAUGUGCUAUUAUGCCAAAGGUUACGUAAAUUAGCACCAAUGCUUUUGUCAUUGAGGCUGCCUGUAUGAAUGGUUAUACUACCACAAAAUCCCGAGAAAGUGCCCCCUUCUCUUCUUUGCGAGGUUUCAAAUACUAUGCGGCCUCUUCGCCAACUCCCACCAUUUCCACUGUUUUGUUCACUGUGCUUAUUUUCCCAACCAGGGCGAAUGAAAGCAGUGAGUGCAUGCGUAUUAAAUGAAGCAUUUAACUAAAAGCAUGGAUGUGCAUUCUUUAUUUUAGCGACUCUUCCACCACCAUCUUCAUUUUUGAUCCAUUCUCGUUCAAAGGCCCCCUCCAAACCUUGUCCUUCAACGUAAGGGGUGCACUUGCUCGAAAUUUCAUGUUACCUAAACUGCUGCCUCACUUGUAGGUGCUCUCCCCCAGAACUAGAAUUCUUUAGUGCACUUUUAAUACUCUGUUUUUAUGUAGUACUCUCUUCCUUCAGCUGUUGUUAGAUUCAGGAGUUGGCAGUGUGGUGAUGUGAUGUCAAAGAAAAAAGUUUUUUUUUUAUUGGAAAGAAUGGGAGGGGUAGCUUUGGCUCUACGGAUGUUAAAUGAUACUGCCAUAUGCUUCAUAAAGAAAAAAUCGUUGCUCUUCAUUUGGCAUUGCCAGAGACAAUUUGUAUAGCCAAAAUGGAACAGACAAAUACAGCAUUUAAGUGGGGCAUAUUAUCUACAACAUGACGGUGUUCACCUGUGUGCAGAAUUCGAGUGCUGUUGAAUUUAUUAGCUUAGCUGAAAGAGCUGUUUAAACCUGUACUCGUUAUUGAGGCAGCAAUCUGUAUAUAUCUGUAUAUGUUGCUUGAAUUUGGGGUUGGUAAGAGGCCCAGUGUUUUUUGUAUACUUUUCCACUUUAUCUGUCGAUUUCUUAUGUUUUAGCCACACUCCAUUCUUUAUUAUUCUUAACCUUGUAUCUUACACGUCGCUCUAUGAGUAGUCGCAGUAAAAAUGGACACUUUUAUUUGGGGUAUGUGUAGAUUUCUUGUGUUGAUCACUUUUACAGUCUACGUAUGUGGGCAGUUGUUUUAAUGGCGAGUUUGAUACGAAACAUGUUUGUUUGUUUUGUGCAUUUGCCAAAUAUAGAUUUUAUUGCAAUGAUGGUAACGAAACGUCAUUUUACGCCAAUAUCCUUCUCUUGUCUGUCUUAUUUACCUGUACUUUAGAAACUAGAUAUACUAGUACUUUCAUAUGAUCACAACUUCUGUAUAUAUGUCUCCUUGUUUUUUGUUUAUUUUUUUCAGCUAAGUUGUUUGUCACUUACUUUGUGCAAUAUUUCUGGCUUUUGUUUAAGACAGCUUAGUCCUCAUUAAAACACUGCACCUUGUGUAUAGAUAUUUGAAGUAGUCGAUUAAAAAAGGUAUCUGUUGAGUACAAUCAUAUGGAAGCCAUUAUGCUAUAAGUCAGGUGCAAAAAAAGCAUGUUAAAUGUUGUUAUGUGCCUCGAAAGUUGACUUUUAUGGUCACAGUUGGCUUUGCUAAGUGUUAUAGGCAGCUAGAAAGUUACCAUGUUUCAUGUCAAUGCAGUAACAUUUUUGUGCCACCAAGCUAGCUUGUUGUUGUUUGUGUGUGUUACGGGGGGGGGGUGGAAAGAAAUGCCAACAGUGCGGCACGCUGUUUUCAUCGCACUCGAACCUCAGUGGCAACAAAGAGGUGUGAGAAUGAUUAUAACCACCCAGGCUACAACACGUUAAAAAAUAAAUGUGAAACAGCCAAGAAUGUAGAUUACACUCACACUGUGUUUUUCUGCAUGCACAUUGUACAUACAGUGAUUACAUAUAUAAAAAAAGAGCACGUGCAGUCCCACAUGCACAAGUGAGUAGAAGGUCAAGCAGUGAAGCAGGCUUUUAUCUCAAAAUAUGCCAUUUGACAUUGUUCAUCUGCCUCUCUAUCCCUCUCUUGUUUUGCUAAUUGUGCUAAUUGUAACCGACUCUUCAAUUGUUUACUGCACAUAUCUAUGUACUGGGCAGUGCUCAACAAUCUAAUAUAAGUAAGAAUGGUGCUCCCUCCCACAUUGCUUCUAAUAUAUUUGCUAAGCAUCAUACGAACUUUUUACCAAUUUUAGGCACUGAUGGCAUAUUGUUAAAACAAUUUCUAUCGCAUACAUACAUUUUGAAGUGUCAGCACUCCACUUAGUAAUUUUGUAUAAUCAAGUUCAUGUCAUUUAUGUGAAAUUUAUAGUCUGUGCCAGAUGGAUGCUUUGUGUUAAACUGUCUGCGUGCAUUAUUCCUUUGUGCUUAAGUGCAGUGGUCAAGACAUCGGAGCUGUUUCUAAUACGAUCGUAACUUUCACUAGAGGUCGCUCCUUGCCUCAUAAUAUUGAGGUAUUGGUUUGUAGCAUCCAGUUAUUCGAGUUCUAGUUGCAAUAGCAUUUGUUCCCUUUAAAGAUGCCUCAUGUGUUCUAUGAUUUUGUAUGGAGAAUAAAAAGUUGUAAUUGUAGCCAAGCAUGGCUGCAUAUUAGGUUAUCGGACGAGAACAGAAAACUUGCUGAUAUAGGAAGAAAUUUCUCCCACAAAAUAGGGUGGAGCCUAGGCUGCUGGGAAAAGUCCUUUCGUUUGUCAGCUAGCAAUUUCACGUCGUGAUGGCGAUGACGUUCUUACUUUUUUUCACUGUCUGAUUUAUGCUUGGUAAACACUGUCUGAUAUCUUUUGGCGACGUCCUAAAUGGUUGGUGCUGCACACAUGAAACAUUUCACAUUCGUUGCUGAAUCAAGAUUGCAGCCUGCCCAAGUUUCUUGAAUCAUUCAGCUCCUUUGUGAAUUUCUUGUGUUUUUCAUGAUUAUUUGCCACACUUGUGAUUACUAAAUGCUAGUAGCUUUGUACCUAGACAGUAGCUCAUGACAUCACAUGUCAUCCGAAUCUGGCUUCCUCAUAACCAUAACAAAUUGUGAACUCGUAAUUGAGAAGUCAUGAAAAUUCAGAUUUGGGGCAGACAGAAGUUAAGGUGCACUUCUCUCUGUGCAUGCAUUUGGUGAAACGUCCACUGUACAUAGACUUGUUGCACAAACCUUCCUGCUUAAGGCUCUCCAGACACUAAAUAAAUGUCUUGGCUUUCAGUGAUGCCCAGAAUUAGGUUGACAGAUCUCUAGUAUUGGGCAUGUGAUAAUCUCUACUAAACUCGCCCGUGGAACAAGUAUCUUGCUGCGCACCGGUAUAAAUUACGGUAAUGUGAGUGUUCUACAACUACAAAAUUAUGUUGUAUUAGUUUUAUGAGAUUAGAUCUCUGUAUGUUUGAUAUGGUUAUCCAUCUCUUGAAGUGCUUCUGAAUAAAGGUUGCUCUUUAACCUGACACUAUUCUACAGUUUCUCAAAAAACUUUACAAAGCAUUUUUGCCAUUGUAUUAAAACGUAAAAAAAUAUGUCUCACUGCAAAACGACAGUGCUUUGUUAUUUACAUCUUUUAUUUUUUGAAGCUUAACUUGAGCGAGAACAUUUCGGUUACGACUCAUUCAAGAUACCAUCAGUCUGUGUUCAUGCCAUAUGUUCUAGAAAUAGAGCGUCGCCUGUAUUUUGUAGCAUUGGCACAGAUCAAUUUCUGCCAUGCAGGAAAGAAGUAUAAAUUCAAAGGCUCGUUUCUGUUGUUAGAUGCAAUUUUAAUGAGAGCUUAUUGACAACAAUGCCAAGGACAGUAUAGGGGAUGUUAUUAGAAGUAAACAGAAAAAAAUAAGAGUGGACGAAAAGAUAUCUCAGUCAUAAGAUGUAUGCGUUUGCAAGUUUUCACUGGAGCUUAUGUUUUCUUCUAAAAAAAGUUUGUCUUGAGCAUUUUUGGUAUGGUGGUUUGAGAUUGUUUCCAGCACGAAAUAAAUAAAAAACUGAGGGUAACUUAAAUAGUUAUUAACUUUUACUUAAAGAUAUCAUGGGAGUACUAUAAAACAUUCAUGUCUGCCUAGAAAAUGUAGUACUGCAAGUGGUUUUUUGUUACUCGUCUUGCAGAUCGGAAGUGUAACAUCUUUUUAUGCCUUCUUUAGGCAUAAUACUACUAAUCAUACUUGUGCAGUUAUUUGUGUGAAAGGUGUUUUAGUCUCUUGUGUAUGACAUGCAUUAAUAAAAGAAAAUGGAGUUGCAUUAAUAAAUGCAUUAAUGCAUUAAUAAAAGAAAAUGUUCAUACCCUUCUAUUUUACUUAUGCAGAAAUCUUUUGUGUCUUCAUUUUUAUGAAUGAGUUGCCUACAAUGUUGCUGGACUUGUGUCUAACUGUUUUGGAGUGUUUGAACCUGUGGAUCUUUGUUAUUCUUUGUUAUAUUCUCACCAAAUGUUUUACACUUUACCUGUAAAACAAAUAAGUGCUGACAUUGAAACACAUGUGUAGUACAUUGAAAAGACUGUGUGUUUUGAUUCAUGUACAUGAAUAUCUCUGUUUGUUUAUCACAUAUAGAUGAAUUUAACACAUAUAGAUAAAUGUCUGUGUAUAUUGUAGAGGUUUAUUGCAUUUUUACCAUUUCUAACUAUGUUAAUACUUAAUGUGCUAUUGUUUCUCAUCUUGCCCAGCAAUUUAGAUUGAUUUGAACAUGUACCUGAGCAGAUUAAUUAAGGGUCUGAUAGCUGCCUUUGAUUUUGAGAAUUUAAGCCUAUUGAAGUAUAUUUUGGGCAUUGUCAACCGUAAAAUGAAAGCUUCGUGAUCAUUUAUUUCUUGGCAUGGUAAUUUUGACAUUGCUGCACUUGAUGUCUUGGAACGUGUACCUAUGCCCUUUUUGACAGGCGUUAUUUCUCCAUGCAAAUCGUGACGUAAGUAUUUUUACUGGCUUUUCUCUAAACUUUAUUUAUAGAUUGGCACCAAUGGGAUUGGGAGGCCAGGCUGAGUUAGAAAAAAAAAGAACAUGUAAAAUCAUGUGCUGACGUAACUUGAGUGAAUGACAUAAUGAGCAUCUUCAUUGUUAAGUUUCUUGUGUCAUGCAUUCCCCGUUUUACCUUUGCCAUAUCUGUCAAUUACCUCGGUGUGUUGUAAUGCAUGUUUGCUCAGAGUGCGAUUGCAUAAUCAUUUAUUGGAAAUUUACAUUGCGAGAGAUUGUAAACGAUUUGCACUCGGCAUAGGGAGGUGCGUACAAUGUUCACUUGCUUGAUAUUUGCAAGAGGACAUGCUGACGUGUAGCGGACAACCUCCUUGGUUUUUGCAUUCCAUUCACUGAUGUUUAAGAAUUACUGAUGUUUGGAUUCCUAAUGCCCACUCUACUAACGUUCACCAUCACAGUGUGGGGCAGAAAGUGUGCUCAGCAUUAGUAUUACUGCACUUUGUUACCUCUUGAAUAGCUCAAAGCAACGUUUGAAUAGAAGAUCUCAACUGGGCAUUCCCCUGGGUGUGAAAUAUGGUAUCGGGAUAUCUACUUCUCAGAACUUAUUGUGAGGUGAUGAACAAAUGCUCGCUAUUAUGCCGGCCAGCUUUCAGUCAUAACUGGCUUUGUGUGUUUAUGUUAUACAACAGAAAUAGGAACAGCUUACACAAAGAGAGUGUACUAUUUUUAUUUCUCGUAAUUCCUGUAGAUAUGACUACACUGUUUCUUUCGCUAGUAUAAUGUAUCUCUUUGUCUUAGCCCUCUUCAUGGGUUACACAGAUGAUAGGUUGAGUUGGUAGGAACCAUACCCAAUGUACAGUUCAGUAGUGUGAAAAGUACAAACACAAUGAGAGGCUGUCAAGAAUGGUAUACUCAGAUAAAUGUUGUGUUUUGAAGUACAAGUCGUAUAACACAGAAGGAGGCAACGCUACCACUGCCAAAAUCCAAGCAGAAAGGGAAAAAAGAGAAAUAAAAAACAACCAGUAAGUGGAGAAAUAAAUAUUGACACAUUGAUAGACGAAAUGGCCACGGAACUCAUAAGUUGGUAUGAAUUUGAUAUUUUAAUUAUAGUUUCUGGUGUUUAAAUUUCUUGUAAAUUUUAUGUUUAAUUGCUUGUUCUUUGAAAUACUAAGUGUCUGCUGCGACGUGUCGUACUCCUUUCUGUUAUGUUUUGUUUGCUGCGCAACGGCAUCUCUUGAAACUGCAUCUUUCGCCUAGUGCUCUUGAAAGGCUCGUUCUUUACUAAUGUAGCCCUCUCACAGAGCUUAUAUAUAUAUACUGACAAAUGUUUCGUCUUUGACAGUUUCUAAAGCUUCAAGGAGCAUAAGCUUUGGUAUCGUGCUGCCAGUCAUUGUGACACGAUAUAUGGUUCAAGCGUGUGACUACAGUUGGCUGCGGGCACUGGUAGGUGAUUCUGUGAAAAAGAUUUGCGUAAUUUCAAGUGCCUGCUGAGUGAGAGCUGUGCCUUUUGUAAAAGUAGAUGCACGCAUUUUGUGUAUGUCAUAAUUAUAAUGAUGACAUGAUUGGAGAGCAUUUCUUUGAAAUCUUAUCACUAUUUGUGCAGGGAAGUGCGAAUAAUCUUAUUGCUUUCAGCUGUAACUAUUCUACGUAUAUACAGCAUUGACUCGUACUACCGAAUCCAGGAACGAAGUGGGAGUGAUUUCUUUUUUCAUAGUUUGUAAUAAAGAAAAGCUUAAAGUACUAUCUGCAAAUACUUGACCUUGCCUUGUGUGUUUCAGUAAGUCCAUGGUGCUUCAGCUCUCACUGGUAUAGGGAGAAAAAAAAAAAAGAAUAUUGUAACUUCUGAAUACUCUUGCCAAGGUUAGCACAAAACUACAGGACACGCCAGCCUUAGUGUGCUUUCGCACGAAUCAAAUAAGCAUCGCAGGCUUAAAGAUUGCUACACAUUGUGAUUCCUAACAGCAUCAGUGUCUUUCUAAAUGGUAGUGGGAUCUCGCGCUAUUUUUGUACUGUAAGGAAAAAUCACCUCGCCUUGUGGAAAUAUGUUCUUAAGCACUUGAGAAACUUGGGAACAUAUUUUUUGCUCAUACCUCAAUGGGAACACGGCUGAUUUGUAAAGCAUACUCUAAGCAUACUUUCUUGUCUACAGAACUUGUCACACAUUUUUCAAAAAAGUAGUAACUUGUAGCUGAGGCGAGGGUUGUUGCGUGUAGCUCAAAAAAUUUACUGUAGCCUAAGCACUUACAAGCUGUAACUAAUCUUGCAGGCUCGUUGUCAGAAUUCAUCAGUUGCAGAUAUUUUUAGAAUGUCUUCACUGUUUCAUGGUCUUAUUACCUAGUUUCAGAUGAGUCACUUGAAAUUUACGAUGCUUGGGAGGAUUUUUCUGUACUGCUUUCACAUUUGUGUCUUAGUAUUCACACACAAGCCUAGCUUUCUUUGGAGAAACCGCAGCAGUUCCCUGUUAUGAAGACUUUAGAGUUUCGUUGAUAAUGACGUGAUAAGAUGCCCAUCAAGUGGGCUGCUCAAAACUUAAACACAUUCUUCAGUGUUCUCAACUAAGUAUAUCUCUUAGCUCUAUGCGUCACUACAACCUACCUUCAUUGUGUGCGUAGCAUAUGGUGGCUCUCUGUGUGGCUUAUUUCCCUCAUUGUGCAAUCCAAAAUCGUAAAACAAUAAUUUUCUCUUAUAUGUCUAGCUACAAACACAUAACAAUUAUCAUUCCCAUUGUCUCUGGUCAUGCGUUACAUAUGUGAUAUACAUGUAUAUUAAAUAGUAUGUAAUUUCAGAGUAGUAUCACCUCUGUAUUUUCCUUCCUAGAUGUGUGUGUCCUCAAAUGAAUCACUAAUGAAUGGAGCACAUUGUUUGCUGAGCAAGCUUCAAAGUUGAUUAGUUAAUGAGAUUCAAUGAAAUUUUGGUAAUACCAAGUUUGAAAAUAUUGCAUUUAUUUUACACUAGGCUUUCUAGGGGCCAGGGAAUUGUCAUAAAGAAGCAAAGGCUGCUCAGGACAACAUUGACAGUACUGAAAUGACUUGGCCAUUUUAUCAACUUAGAUGUAUGAAAAAAAAAAGGGAUGGGGUUUUGCUAUCUAAUGAGACUUAAUGGCAAUGAAGAAAGGUCCUGGUGUGGACUCGAUAAUUGUGACAACUUGUAAUUUCUCUAAUCAGCUAACAUAAAUUGAAGUAGAAAAACAUUUUUACACUGUAUCCUUAUUGAGAUACGUACUGUUCCAGUGGCUGGAAAUUCAACCCACAACCUUGAGCUCAUCGGUAGGAAGCCAUGGCUAUGAAGGCAAAUUUUUAAUUUGUUGCUGACAUUGCACAUUUUGUAGACGCUAUUUUGCACAUUUGUGCAAACACCAUUGGUUGCAUUUCAAAGAUGGUGGAAUAAGAGAAAAUGUGCAAGACCUGUGAACUAACUAAAAGGAUUAAAUAUAAUUUGUGCAUUUUUGCUGUGAUGCCUUUUCUCAGCGCCCCGUCGCGGUGGUCUAGUGGCUAAGGUACUCGGCUGCUGACCCGCAGGGCGCGGGUUCAAAUCCCAACUGCGGCGGCUGCAUUUCCGAUGGAGGCGGAAAUGUUGUAGGCCCGUGUUCUCAGAUUUGGGUGCACAUUAAAGAACCCCAGGUGGUCGAAAUUCCCGGAGCCCUCCACUACGGUGUCUCUCAUAAUCAUAUGGUGGUUUUGGGACUUUAAACCCUACGUGCCAACCAACCAACCUUUUCUCAGCCCAGGAGUGCUCUUAUAAUGUAAAACCCCAUAAAUUAUUACCUUUAUAUUAUUAUCAUAAUUCAUGGAAUGACUUUCCAGCAUAGCCUUGCCAUGUACAUAUUGAAGUGACCAAAUGUCGAUAUAAAAAAAUAUCUGCUAAGGUGGCACCUAAAGUUACAUAUGCCAACCAUCCAACAUUAUUGUUUGACAAACGGUGCGGCCGUAUAAUACAACACCUGUUCAGCUUGUUACAUGCUAGGGAGCAGGGUAUGAGGCCUGCUUUUAAUGCUUGGGAUGGGUUCUUUUUGUUUGGUAGAUUUAUUGACUAGGCAAUUUUGCACAAGGAAAUCAGCUGGCAUAGAACGGGUACAUGAUGCCUUUGGUAUAUGAGGCCAACACUCACUUUUUCUGCCAGGCACACAUCAAUUUUAAGGCGCUUGUUUUCUUUGGUUAGCCUUUUGCCAGCCGGCAUGGGACAAUGGGCCACCAACUGUGCACAGUCGUCAGCAGGCCUAACAUGAACGCUUUGCAGCAUGGCUAAAAUGGUUUGACGCCAGAACGAGUACCUUUGAGUUCUGUUGCCGAAAUCUUGCCAAUACAUGCUGACAUAGUAUCCAAGCAUACUGUGGUAUUUUCGCAGCAACAGCACCCAGCACUUCACUGCUGCUAUCAGCCAAACCAGCUUAGACCAUGCUGAAAAGUGUUAAUGUAAAGUGUGCUGACAGAGGUACUUUAACUGUGCGAGAAAAGUUAGUGUAUUGAAUGUAGUUUAAGCGUAUCAAUGCCAGUGUAUGUAUUCUUUUAUAUACAUAGUACUAGGGAACUGACACAAGCUUGGCUUCUUCCGUGGCUUCUUGGGAUGCGUUCUUAAGAGAAUACUGGUGAUUCAGCAAAAUUGACUAAAAGUCAAGACAAUGUGAGGUUCUUUGUGGAGUGUGUAUAUUUAUGAAGGUCAGCUCGUUGAGUGCAAAAACAUUUUUCAUCAGUUUAACAAUUCUGAAUGUGAUUGACUGAAGGGGGAUUCUAGGUAGGCAUAGUCACACACUAUUAAGUGGCUGUAUCACAAUAAUUGUUAACAGUUUUUUAUUGUUAUUGUGCUGACGUGAACCAUUCUGACCAGCAAGCAUUUUGUGCUAUGCUUACAGUCUCUGCUGGAGCCUUGGGGUUGACAUCAUACUCAUUCUUUACAAUUAUGAUUGUUACAUUGUAUUAGCUAUGAGCGUUCCACUGAGUACUGACCAGAUACGUAUACAAUGCUCUAGUGCGAUACCAUGAAUUGGUCAUUUUGUUAAGUGUUAUGCGUGUGUGUACUGUAGUAUAGUUAUGCAGCUGUCAGGUAUAUUCAGUCAUUUUUCACUUAGUGGGCACUGUUGCCAGCAUUCAGUCAUGGGCAUCUUUCUUGUAUGCUCUGCUUGGCAUUGCCAUGGAUUCAGCCUGAAUGUCAUGAAUGUACGCAAAAUUUUGUCAGUUUGUCUUGUUCUGUAGACAGGUCGUUGGUGAACAGUGUGCCUUGAGAGUUUUUCUGCCAAUUGGAAAAGACUGUUCAUGAUUCACGUGUUGAUUUCUUGCGUUGGUGUAGUAACUUGGCAUUGGGCUUAACAUUGUGUGCCUUGGAAACGUUUUUAUCUCGGGCCAAUUGGUGUGUGCUGAGUGGAUAUGGGCACUUAUUUUUGUGAUUGAUGCAUAUGUACCUUUACAAAUUUGUCUGUGUGCCGCUUGUGGAAUGUGCAAAUGAUGUAACACUGUAAACAUUUAUACGUGUAAUGAUGUUUGAAUAAAAUGGCUUUUUAUUGGUGGUGUGCCACCAAAUACAGAAA